AUGGAGAGCAUGGAGGUGCAGCUGCAGAAGAUUGAGGCCAAGAUCCAGGAACAUCACACCGCACAAGAACAGCUGGUUGCAGAGUUUCGCGAAUUUCGGUCCAGUGAAGAUAAGAGUCAUAACAAAAUAUUCGUUUCGAUUGAGAAGCUAGAGCGCCAAGUCGCGCUUAAUUUAAGUGAGGUUCAUAAUCGAAACCAGGAGAAGGUCCAAACAGCACUUCAUAAACUCGAUCAAGACGUCGACAAAGUGUAUAACAUCACCCGGCAGAUAAUGAAUGCCUUACCGCAGCUGCAUCAACUGACUGACAUUCGGAAAAAGCAGGAAUAUGUAGCAUCAGCCGCUGAUUACAAUAGUGUCGUUACUCCAACGGAAGUUCCACAGCUCUUGACGACAACGACCACAACACCGAAGUCUAAGCAAACUUUGUUUUCCUCGUGCAAAGAUGUUCCAUCGAAAGCAUCCGGAACAUAUCUGAUCCGGAUGAAGAAUAAUAGUGAACCAUUCAAAGUGUAUUGCGAACAGAAUGCGUUCGACGGUGGAUGGAUCGUGAUGCAGUACCGUUACGACGGAUCACUGGACUUUUACCGAGGCUGGAAUGAGUUCCGCGACGGAUUUGGUGAUUUGAACAAAGAGUUUUGGUUAGGUCUUGAGAAGGUCCACCAGAUAACAAGUAGCCGCAAGCACGAACUGAUUGUUGAAUUAAAAGACUUUGAAGGAAAUUACAAGUACGCGCGGUAUGAUGCUUUCGAAAUAGGUAGUGAGAGUACCCAAUACGAACUGAAGGAUCUCGGAAAUUAUAAUGGAACUGUAGGCAGAGCAAUGUACUCUAAUAAGGAUGAGAAGUUCUCAACCAAAGAUCGGGAUAAUGAUGAGAGAAGCGACAUACAUUGUGCACAGGAAUACGAAGGUGCAUGGUGGCACUGGAGAUAUUGUACUAACGCGAAUUUGAAUGGGCGAUACAUCAAUGCAAUCGAUGACAAAUCAAUGCACUGGUAUUAUUUAAAAAAUAAUCGGCAAGGAUUGAGUUACUCGCGGAUGAUGAUCCGAGAGUUGGAAUAGCGUUUCUAUAGCUGGAUCAAUAGUACAAA